AUGUUCCUUCAAACCGGAGACAGAACGGGACUCUGCCUCGGCUGUUCAGAUGCACAUUACUGGUGAAAAUGUAUCAGAAUUAUUGCAACUAACUUUCAGUUACUGGGAGCGCUUUGGACGCACCGUUAUGCGCGGAUUUGGGAUGAUUUUUGUUUAGUUGUCUUCUUCUUUUGUAAUCUGGACAAAGGAAAGACUGCGGGUGAGCCAAACCGUCUUCCAGUUUCGAAGAACAAACAGAUGCAUAUCCUGCAAAUGUAAAUUGGUAUCUGGAAAGUGAUGCGUAAAAGUUUGCAGCGUUGCAUCAUCGCUACCGAUGUCUGUUUUAUGACUAACAUGAUUUCCAUGUAAAUCUAUUUUCCCAUUUUCUUUAUUGACCUAGUUGAUAAUUUUUUGUACCAAAGAUUCGUUUUGAUUUCGAUCACAAUGCAAAUCCUACUCUUCGCCACCGUUGUGCUCUACACCGCGCAGCGCGUCAAAGCAGAAGCGAAAACGAAAUGCUCAGCGCGGUGCGACGUUAGUAAGUGCCCAAGCCCGAGCUGCCCGAGCGGUUACGUCCCAGACCGCUGCAACUGUUGUCUGGUUUGCGCGCAGGGAGAAAAUGACCCGUGCGGGCGCAAAGACGACCUUCCCUGCGGCGACGGUCUUGAAUGCAAGAACCCGGCGGGGAAGCGUCUCUCCAAGGGCUUCUGCCAGUGCAAACUGGGUUACAAAGUCUGCGGCAGCGACGGGAAGACUUACGGUAACGUCUGCCAGCUGAAGGCAACCAGCCGGAAAUAUCUGCAGCAAGGGCAACCCGCUAUCACCCACACCCAGAAAGGCCCCUGUGACACCAGCAUAGGUACUCCUCAACCCAGCAGUCCCAGGUACAGGUUCAACUUCAUCGCCGACGUGGUGGAAAAGAUCGCACCUGCCGUGGUGCACAUCGAACUCUUCCUCAAGCACCCUCUGUUCGGGCGGACGGUGCCGCUCUCCAGCGGGUCGGGCUUCGUGAUGUCGGAGACGGGGCUGAUUGUGACCAACGCCCACGUGGUGUCCAGCAGCGCGCCCGUGUCGGGCCAGCAGCAGCUCAAGGUGCAGAUGCAAAACGGGGACGUGUUCGAGGCCACCAUCAAGGACAUCGACAAGAAGUCCGACAUCGCCACCAUCAAGGUCAACCCGCUGAAAAAGCUACAGGUGCUGUUGCUAGGUCACUCUGCCGACCUGAGACCGGGGGAGUUUGUGGUUGCCAUUGGCAGCCCGUUCGCGCUCCAGAACACGGUUACCACGGGGAUCGUGAGCACGGCUCAGAGGGACGGGAAGGAGUUGGGAAUCAGAGACUCAGACAUGGACUACGUCCAGACUGAUGCCAUCAUCAACUACGGAAACUCCGGAGGCCCACUGGUUAACUUGGAUGGGGAGGUGAUAGGUAUCAACACUCUGAAGGUGGCGGCAGGAAUCUCAUUCGCCAUCCCCUCCGACAGGAUCACGCGCUUCCUCAACGAGUCCCAGGACAAACACACCAAAGAGGUUAGGUCCCUGAAGAAGCGUUUCAUUGGAAUCCGGAUGCUCACCAUCACACAGGCGCUGGUGGAGGAGCUGAAGCAGCAGAAUCCAGACUUUCCAGACGUCAGCAGCGGCAUCUACGUCCACGAAGUGGUGCCUCACUCCCCCGCCCAAAAAGGUGGUAUCCGUGACGGUGACAUCAUCGUGAAGCUGAACGGCCGCGCCCUGCUGAGCACGGCCGAGCUGCAGGAGGCUUUGCUGCAGGAGGCCACGCUGCUGCUGGAGGUUCGCCGUGGCAACGACGACCUGCUCUUCAACAUCCAGCCCGACGUCAUCAUGCAGUAACCGCGGCGACGGAGGGGAGGCCUGUGAGGCCAAAAAGAGAGAGACCCUGUCAACACUGCGGUGGACGCUGGUUUGGGGUCAGUUUGGGGAUGAGUGACUUGUUGGUUGCAGGUUGGGAGUCUGGAGGGAGGAGCUGAUCCCAGAUCUGUCUUUAAGAGGAACGUUGACACCAGAGCCGAUGGGACGACAAAUAAAUAAAACUGUAAAACUGUUUUGUUCUGACCUCAAGGCUGUGAAAGACCUUCGGAUGACCCUCGUGGAACAUUCUGGAAUCUCCAAGGGCUGACUGUUUAAAUCGCCCUGUGACAUAAGACUCAUUCCAUGUUUUUGUUGUUUAUGUUUUUUCUGUUUACAUUGUUGUUGUUCCUAUCUAAAGGGUGUACUGUUAGUAUACAAACCAUGUUCUUGAAAUGUUUUCCAAUUCUCCAAAAGGAUGACAACAUUGGUGAGACAAAGUUUAGACCGCAGCUCGAUGUUGAUGUCUCUACCGUGAGAGUGUAGUGUGGUCGCCGGUUGGGGAGAGUAGCAAUUUUAUCUUUUUCUUCCACUCGUCUCCAAACGCUGUCACUGUCGGAGACCACACAACAACACUGUGACAACAACGUGACAACACCAUGACCAAAUGUGAACAUUGUUCCCUGCUUAAUUCUGUGUUAAAAGACGCGAGGAACCAAACGAUGUUGUUUCGCUGAGCGUGUUCAUCUGCACCACCCUGCUGCUAGACGGCGGGUUGGACCGGAGUUUUCAAAAGACUGCUUACUUUAUCGAUCGCUUAUCAUGAAUGAUCAGAACCUCAUGUUUACAUGCAGUAACCGGGGUCGUCACCAAGGCUACGCCUCGAGAGAAAGAUUUAUACAGGACUGUUUCUCUUCUGUUUUUCUUCAGCAAAAAUAAACAUUUCAUAAACUUGUAA